UCGCGAGAUUUGCCCGCGAGAGUAAACAGUCGCCAUUACUGGAAAGUAAGAAAGAGCUGAAAGUGUGGUGAAGAGUUCGUUCACAUCCACACAGAAACCAAGCCAGACAAGUCCUAAACUGAAGACCGCGUCUAAGCUUCCCGUUACCUGCUGUCCUCCCUGGCUGGUGUACGGUCACAUGUGAUAUCGCAGUCGGAGUUUAUGAGGGCGGGACGUAACUGCAAAACAAACAGCCCUCCUCUGAAAAAUGAUCAUUGAAAACCUCGAAGCCUUGAAGACAUGGCUGUCGAAGACUCUUGAACCCAUAUGUGACGCUGACCCUUCUGCUCUUGCGAAAUAUGUGGUUGCUUUAGUGAAGAAAGAUAAAUCAGAGAAGGAGCUGAAAGCACUAUGCAUUGACCAGUUGGAUGUAUUCCUUCAGAAAGAGACGCAGACAUUUGUGGACAGACUUUUUGAAGCCGUAAAUGCAAAGAGUUACCUACCUCAACCGGAGCAGCCGACUUCUGCAAGCAGAACUGAAACUCACCAGCGCACAGAGAAAGAUGAGACAAAGAGAGAGGAGCAGCCCAGCCGAGACGAGGAUCGAGAAAAGAAAUUCUCCCGGAGAAUAAACCACAGUCCUCCGUCUAGCUCCAGAUACAGCCGAGACAGCAGGAGAGUAGAUGACCGCAAGAAAGAUGACCGCUCCAGGAAGCGAGAGUAUGAGCGUAACCCACCCAGAAGGGACUCGUACAGGGAACGUUAUAACCGCAGGAGAGAACGCAGCCGCAGUUUCAGUCGCAGUCGUAGUCGCAGCUGGAGCAAGGACCGCACUCGUGACCGGGACAGAGACCGAGAGCGGGACAGAGAGCGGGACCGAACCCGAUCACGAUCCUGCUCCAGAAGCAGAGAGCGGGAUUCUGGAAAGCCAAAAUACGAGCACAGUCGUCCAGAACGUCAGGAGGCCGUGACCACCGAUGGCUUCACCGCUACACCUCUCACACCCGGCAUCCCUUCUACUCAUUUUCCCGUGCCCACCCUCAGUAGCACCAUCACUGUCAUCGCCCCCACCCACCAUGGGAACAGCACCACUGAGAGCUGGUCAGAGUUCCCACAGGACCACGCGCCCUUCGGCAGAGGCGGCCCACCGAGGAAACGCUGUCGUGACUAUGAUGAGAAGGGCUUUUGUAUGCGAGGAGACAUGUGCCCUUUCGAUCACGGGAGUGAUCCAGUGGUGGUGGAGGACGUUAAUCUUCCCAGCAUGCUUCCUUUCCAGCCACCGCCUCUUCCUGGAGUGGACGGCCCACCUCCUCCGGGCCUGCCGCCCCCCCACUCACUCCUGACUCAACCGGUGAACCUCAGACCACCUGUGCCCCCACCGGGCACCAUGCCACCCAGCCUACCCCCUGUAGCAGGUCCUCCGCCUCCUCUUCCUGCUCUUCAGCCCUCUGGUAUGGACGCCCCACCAAACUCCAUCACCAGCUCUGUGCCCACUAUAGUGACGUCAGGUGUCCGGCCCCCGAUCAGCCAGCCUCCGCCUCCCCUGUUCACGUCAGAUUCAUUUGAGCCAGAGGUGUAUAAUCCUGAAGCCCCCAGCAUGACCUCACGGCCCAUGUACAGACACCGGGUCAACGCUCAGCGGCCCAAUCUGAUUGGUCUGACCAUGGGAGAAGUGGAUCUGCCCCCUCGAGAGAAAAUGUCAAACACCAACAGUGCUCGGAUAGUUAUAGAGUCCGACUCCAGGAAGAGAGGAGCAGGACUUCAUGAUGGAGCCAUUCCUGCCAAGAAACCCUGGUUUGACAAACCGAACUUCAACAAACCCAACCACCACGGCUUUCACAGGAACGUGCCCUACUCUUCAGCAAACACCAAACUGGCCAUCCGUCAGAUUCCUCCUGAGCUCAACAACAUCAGCAAACUAAACGAGCACUUCAGCAAGUUUGGCACCAUCGUCAACCUCCAGGUGGCAUAUAAUAAUAACCCAGACGGGGCGCUGAUCCAGUUUGCUUCUCCUGAAGAAGCCAAGCGGGCCAUUCAGAGCACAGAGGCAGUGCUCAACAACCGCUUCAUCAGAGUACACUGGCACAGAGAGGACACACACACCACCACGCCACAUCCGAGCACACAGACAGCCCAGGAGUCUGUGGUCACCACACCGAAACAGUCAGUGAAAGACCGGCUCGGACCCCUGCCCACAGCCCACCCUGAAUCCUCACACGACCCCGGCGACGCUGCACAGAAUACAGCCAAGGUUUCAGUGAAGGAGCGUCUGGGCUUCUCUAAACCAGCUGGCUUUGGAGGAAAGGUUUUUUCUACUGGCCUGACUAAGACGGUUUAUAACCCGGCUGCACUGAAAGCUGGCCAGAAGGGAGCGCCAUUCGGGACAACUCUCCUCGCAGAAGAUGCCCUGAAAAGGAAGCAGGAGGCGCUGAAGCUUCAGCAGGACGUGAGGAAAAAGAAGCAGGAGAUUUUGGAGAAGCACAUUCAGACUCAGAAGCUGCUGAUAUCUAAGCUGGAGAAGAACAAGUCCAUGAAGGCGGAGGAUAAAGCUCAGAUCAUGCUGACCCUCACCACCCUCACCAACAGCAUCACCAAACUACAGGAGGAGAUGAAAGGACUGUCCAGUGCUAAUGCCCUCAGGACCACGCUCAAGAGUAAAGCUCAGGCUCAAAAGGAGCUCCUGGACACAGAGUUGGACCUUUAUAAGAAAAUACAAGCAGGAGAGGACACUGCUGAACUCAAGCUCAAAUACACUCGGCUGCAGUUAGAGGCUGCCAAAAGGGGGCUUCUGACCCCAGGACGUGGGAGGGGGGCCCACAGCAGGGGUCGGGGGGCCCUGAGGAGCCGAGGACGCGGGAUUCGAGGACGCGGAAGAGGAGUCCCAACUCACGCUGUGGUGGAUCAUCGACCCCGAGCUUUAGAGAUCAGCGGUUUCACUGAGGCCGAUCGAGUCGACCUGCUGCCACACUUCGCACAAUACGGGGAGAUUGAAGAUUGCCAGAUGCAGGAUUCCAGUCUUAGUGUCAUCAUAACAUACAAAACCCGUGCGGAGGCUGAACAGGCGGCCAUCCACGGCGUUCGGUUAAAUAAUCAGGAGCUGCGUUUGGCCUGGCACAAGCCCACGGCUUCCCACAAUCCAGCAGACCAAGACGAGGUUGAACCUGAGGAUGAGGAGUUUCCAGAGGAUUUCCUCGUGGAUGAUUCCCUGCUGCAGGACGAUGAUGAAGAGGAAGAAGAUAAUGAGUCGCGCUCAUGGCGCAGAUGAAGAUGAAGCCGUGUGUCCAGUCCUGCUGCCCUGCAACACUCGAGCGCAUCAGAUCUUGAGUUCUGUGUUUUUGAAAUGGUUGAUUUUAAAAAUAUUGAUUUACAUUUCAUUGGCUUUUUUUUUUAUUUUACUUAUCAAACCUGAGCAGCAAAUAGAAAAUGUACUCAGAAGGCUGUGAAUUUCAAUUAUUGAGAUGUAGAAUAACAUGAAUGAUUUGGUUUCUCGCUGUCAUCGUUUUCUUUUGUAUCGUGUCAAAACAGUGACUUAACUUUUGGCGGCUGCAAUUUUUUAUUUUUUUUAUUCCUUUUUUUUUAUGGUCAGUAUGUUGACCCAAAUUUAUUUUCAGCAGUUCUGAAAAUGUUACAGUUUGAGACAAAUGUGGGAAAUGUUUCAAUCUCAAAGACAACAGUAGAGCAUUGUUAUAAGUUGUUUGCUUUCCUUAGUAUAAUCAGCCUGAUGAGGAUGUAGCUCUUUGUGUACAUAUUUUAUGUAUCAAUUUUAAUAGUUUGUAUGAAUUCUUUGCUUCUGGAUUCAUCUCCUGGGUUUAAUUUUGAAAUGUAAAAGAAAAUAAAGAAUUGAAAUGGUCUAGAAAAAAUAACAGCUGCAAAAAAAAAAAAAAAGAAAAGAAAAAAAAUAUUGAGAGCUCUGCUGCAAAAGCAGCAUUGAGAACAAAAAAACAAAACAACUCUGAACAGCUGAAUAAAGACCAUUUCAACCCCCACCCCCCCAAUCCUCACAAAAAGAGCAAAUUUCCUAAAUUCUUCAUGCACCACAGUACCAGCAAGUAAGUAUGGAGCACUAACAAGCGUAAAAUGAGGUAAACAAAGUGUUCUGUGUGUUAUUUCACAUCUGUUUUUCUUUUCAGUUGACUAACUGUAACUGUUUAUUUCUGUCCGUUAGGUCAUGUGUUGAUGUUUUAGUAGCAAUAAAAUGAUUACAGGACACUAAAACCUGUUUUUACAAUAUUUGUUGACCCUUGAUGCCAUCGCACCAUCCUGACGACUUGCAUCCAGCCCCCCACCACCUCCGAGCAUCACAUUUGCAUAGUGGAGAAGAAUGACCCAAUCAGAGCUGGAGCAGUCGGUGAUGUGGCUCUCUCACCUUGGUGCCUGUCGUGGAAGCUCAGCUAAUUGUGAAGAAUUAGAUUUGCUCUUGGAGUGUGCCAUGCAGCUCGGCUUUACCCCACCAACUAAACCUCACCCGGCCCAGCAAGGGGGCCCUUAAGUGGAUGCUUGCCCUCUCCUACACUGCCCCAUGCUGCACUUCUCUCCCAAAACAGGUCGUUGGGACCUGAUCUCUCACCAUCGGACAGGCCUAAAGGAGGUGAUGUGAUCUCUGUGGUGUGUCAUGGUCCUCGGUGCCCUGGAGAUGGUCUGAGGGGGCAGGAACGGGAGAGCUGUCACCGGAUGACAUGGCAGAGAAAGCCCGUGUGUGUGAGGCCGCUGCUUUGAUGGAGACCUCGCAGACACCUGCUCCUCACACACUGAAUACAGAACAGCCUGAUCCGCUGCUCACCUCUGCACACAACCUCAGCCUCAUUACAAUGGCUGACAUACUACAUACAGCACUUAGGUAGGUCUGGUUCUUCAUGCCUAUGGAAGGCCAUAUUCAGCAUAUAAGAAAACAAUAAUUCUUUUGUAAAUCAUAACUAUGACAACUCAAAAUGACAACAUAUGUUAUAACCAGGGGUGCACAUACCGUAUGUUUCGGACGAUAAGUCGCACCUGAGUAUAAAUCGCAUCAGUCCAAAAAUACGUCACGAUGAGAAAAAAAUAAAAUAAAGGUGUCGCACUGGACUAUAAGUCGCAUUUAUAACCAAGAGCAAACAUUACAGUCUCCAGCCGCGAGAGUGC